GUGUUCCAACUCCUUCCCAAAGCUCUGUAGCCCCAAAAACCCCAAGCUACCCCAAUGCCCCCUCACCUUGAGAAAUAGAUCUGGGUUGCUGCACCCUUCAAUCUGCUGAUCUAUUUUGGGUUGCUAUCCAUCACCAUUUUCAGCACUUUUUAGUAAGAAAUCAAUCAAAUUACUCAUCCUUUCCUCUAUGAUUUGAAGUGAGUUAACUCUAAUCCUUUAGGGUUUCAAAUUUUAGAAAUUUUCUGUAGUUUCCCCUUGAUUUUGUCCAUGAUAAAUACCACCAGAAACUAAUUUCCUUUACUUGCCAGAGAAAUUCAGGUUUCAUGACCCUUUGGUAGUAAUUUACCCAUAACUCUUUGUGUAGCUAUUGAAUUGAGUUGAUUCUUGAUUCUAUGGAAACUAAGAGAUAACCUUACAAUUUUUAUGUUAGAUAUUUAACCCAAUUCAACUGUUUUCAAGGUGAAAACACUGCUGUAAAUUUUAGAUCCUGCAAGUGCAUUGAAUUGGCAGCUCGACUUGUUGUCACUAUUUUAACCGUAACUUCCUUUGCAGAUGUUGGAUUAAGAUCAGUCAAUUUCUGGGCGUGAAUUCUGUUGGAAGUUCCAACACGAAAUCAGACCAGAACUUGACAGAACUUUGCUCUUUUUUCCUAUUUUACUCCCACUUUAUCUACUACCAUAUUACAUCAUGAUUUUACUAGAUUUUAGCUAUUGUUUUCAUGCUCUAAAACCCCUUGUUAUUGCUUUGUUUUGGUUGCCUUUUUGCUACUACAAUUUUUGCUUGAAUGUUGCCCAGUUUUAGCUUGUUUCAACAUUGUUCUGCUGCUGCUAUUUGCCCAUAAAUCCCUACUAUUUUUGCCCAGAAAAUUUCUGUUCUUUAGGGCUUUUUCCAAGCACUUUGGGAUUGUUUUAAAUAGCAAAAAUCCCCACCUUACUACCCAGCUUUUGUGCUACUGUUUUGGGGUAGAUUUGAGCUUGGUUUUUUUUCAUAUUUUUCCACUUUGUUUUGUCUUGUAAAUCUACCUUGUAACCCACCAAAUGUAGGGUAUUUUGGUGCUAUUUUAGGCUUGUUUUAAGUAUGAAUAUGCAUAGGAAUAUAUAUACAUAUAUUAAUGGGGUUUGAAUGGGUAGAAGUGAUCGGGAGGUGUAGGAGGAAGUUGUUUCUUUGGUUAGAAACUUGAUACUAUGAUUAGAAACUAAUUUAGUUAAAUGGGGUAUGUUGUAAUAUUGUUUGUUCUUUGAUAUGGCCUAGGUUCCAAAUCACCUCAAGCGCCUUGAUUUCUUGAGUUCCUUGCUUAUUGUAUGGUAACAAGGCGAGGUAGCGAGGCUAGAUUUGAGGGAAAUGAAGAAGAGUGACGAUCUUGAAGGCUAGCCAUUUGUGUUUUGGAUUUAGAUUAGCGUGGAGUUAGGCUGCUAGUCACAUAUGUUUUUGGACAUAGAUGAUGGAAGAUAGAUCAUUUUUGUAGACUAGAUCCCCUUGAGAUAGUCUUGACUUUAUUAAUGAAGUUGUAAAAAUGUUUUGUACACUCUUGGCCUAGUCAAAUAUUUGUUAUAAAGUUAGAUUUAAUAUUAAGACUGUGGAUCUAAGUGUAUGUGGAUUACUAGUUAUGAAUUUAGCAAGUUCUGAGCUUUGUACAUUUGUGGGAUCCUCUCACAAGUGUAUGGUGUUUGUUUCGCUCUCGGUUUUGGGGCGUGACAUAUAGUCCAUCUUUGC